AUGCCCAAUCUCAACCUCACUGCCAUCGUCGCAUCGCUAAGAUGCCUGGCAACACCUAGGUCUUUGCUGCCCACCCUGCAUGUGCGAGAUAUACGGUGCGUCGAUUGGAAGGAACUUAAGCGGAAGGGAUACGUGGGCGUCGUGAUUGAUAAGGACAACUGUAUUACUAAGCCUUACCACGAUCAGCUGGUUCCAGAAUUACAGCAUGCCUGGCAGUCCUGCCUUGCCACAUUCGGCAACCCGGGAGUUCUACUCGUGAGCAACUCUGCGGGGACGGCUGAAGAUCCGUCUCUAAUCCAGGCCGAAUCCGUUGCUCGUCAUCUUGGCGUGCCCGUCUUGGUGCAUGAGACUAAAAAACCUGGCCAAAAAGUCGUCAAAGCAAUCCACAAAUACUUUACCGCUGACUAUCGACUCGUUCCUGUGAUUUAUCCCUCACACUCAUCCAUGUACGGUCCGCGCCUUCCCUCUCGAAGUCGGGCUGAUCCGACACCCCUCAAGUUGAUCGUCAUCGGCGAUCGAGUGACGACCGAUAUCAUCUUAGCCUCUCGCUUACGCGCGUUUCUACAAACCCAUCAAUCCUCCUCGAAUUCCUCUUCUGGCGAAUCGAACCCAGUUUGUUCCGUGCUCACUCAAAACAUCUGGCAGAAAGAGAAACUGGGUACUCGGUUUAUGAGAUGGGCUGAAAAUCGAGCGUUGAAACUCGUCAUACAAUAUUCCCAUCAAAAUUCAUCAAUGAAUGGAAGCGAGCCAUCCUCAUCACGAAAGCUUCCCAAUCUCACCUUGUCACCAGAACGGAUUUCCCAGACAUUUGAGCAAUCCCUAUCCUUUGCUGCUCGGGUCAUCUCGAAGGCCGAACAAGCUAAACAGGAUUGCCAGACGAAAUAUGAAUCAAUUUCGGUCAAGCUAAGACAGACGAGCCAGCAGCCGCCCUCGACUAUUAUCCAGAACGUUUUGGUGAUAGUACAAGACAGGAUCGCUUGUCAACGGGAUAAAAUAUUGGCUCGCUGCAGAGCGGUGUUGAUAGAACUCACGAUCGCUUCGCGGCGAUUCAUGAUCACCACCCUCGCAAAACUGAAAAACAGAGCAGUCGACGCACUCGUUCAAUCAGCACACAAACUUCGGCUUAAGCUCACACCACUAGAACCACUUGAUCCUACAUCGCUGGGUUUCAAGACCCCUUCGUUUUUCCAGAACUUGUCGAAAUGGAAACAGUUGAAAUAG